UCGUCGUCGUCCACGUUGAAUGGUUUCACGAAGAAUCUAGCAACGAUCUACAGAGAAAAUUGAAUCUUUUUGCUUUAAAACUCUCUAGUACUUCAACAUUGACAAUUCUUGUUGCUUUACCAAGCAAAUUUCUGUUUACAUCGCAAGAAUUUGUCCACUGCUCAUCACAAAAUUUUAGUUCGGAACGACCACAAGCUUAAUUUGAGUCCYUCCAAGUUUCCAAAUCAGCAUGUCUAAAGCUUUAGCAAGAGAAAGAUACGGUGUUGGAAGAUACCGAACUGAUCGUCCCCUGACAUCGGUUGAUAAGGGUCCAAAAGAACUUGGACAAAUCAUUGAAGAUACCCGAUCGGGCAAGCGAUACCUUCGUGGAAGGUUUCUCGGCAAGGGUGGAUUUGCAAAAUGCUAUGAAUUGAAAGAUAUGAGCACUGGGGAUAUUUUUGCUGGAAAGAUAGUCUCGAAGUCGUUAUUAACUAAACCUCACCAAAAGGAAAAGAUGUGCAUGGAGAUAGACAUCCACAAACGCCUCAACCACCGUCAUGUCGUGAAAUUCCACCAUCACUUUGAGGAUAAAGAUUAUCUCUACAUUAUUUUAGAACUUUGCCCUCGACGGUCRCUUAUGGAGAUGCACAAAAGAAGAGGUGCCUUAACAGAACCAGAAGUCCGCUACCUCAUGAAGCAAAUUAUCGAAGGCUGUCAAUAUCUUCACAAUAAUAAAAUCAUCCAUCGUGACUUAAAACUUGGAAAUCUUUUCUUAAAUGAUGACAUGGAAAUCAAGCUAGGAGAUUUUGGUUUGGCAACAACUGUUAAUGAAGGAGAGAGAAAGAAAACCUUGUGUGGAACACCAAACUACAUUGCUCCUGAAGUAUUAAACAAGAGAGGGCAUAGUUAUGAAGUUGACGUCUGGUCUCUAGGUUGUAUACUAUACACAUUAUUGGUUGGUAAACCGCCUUUUGAAACACAGUCACUUAAAGAGACUUAUGGUAGAAUUAAGAGAAAUGAAUAUUACAUCCCAUCCAAAGUCCAACACCCAGCUCAGCUGCUCAUUAUCAAACUACUCAGGCCAGAYCCUUCAACUCGUCCUAYGAUGGCAGAAAUCCUUGAGGAUGAAUUCUUUCAUGGUUACACACCCUCUCGUCUUCCAGUGAGCUGUUUGACCAUGCCUCCUAGGUUUGCAUCUUCUUCAAAUAUUAGCAUCGCUGCUGCAAGGAAGCCAUUGCUUGAGCUGAACAGCAAAGACACGGCAACAACAGCCAACCCGAACAARAAGGCUGAUCCUUUCUCUAAGAGAAAGUCGCUAGGCAUCAGAGUUGUUGGUACAGAAACUACCAUGAUUACACCAAGUGAAGCUAUUGCAGAAGAAGUGAACAARGAAGAAGAAAAGGAGGCGCCCAAAGACUACCACCUUGGCGGUUUACUGAAACAGUUGACAUCCUUCUUGGCCAAUUGUAAACAUAGCGAACUUCCCAAUAAAAAUCACGACAAUGCCGAAGAUCCUGCUAGUACCCCAGUUUAUUGGGUCAGUAAAUGGCUGGACUAUUCUGACAAGUAUGGUCUUGGAUAUGCACUGUGUGAUAAUAGCGUUGGGAUUCUUUUCAAUGACCAGACAAGACUUAUCCUAUGUGAAGAUGAAGAAAAUCUUCAGUACAUUCARAAAGGUGUCGAGACCUUCUACACCAUGAAGGGCUAUCCAAAACARCUCGAGAAGAAAGUUAAACUGAUUAACUACUUCAAUAAGUACAUGAAAGAACAUCUUUUGAAGGCUGGUGGUACUCCAGGGACAAUCCAGGAAGAAGAAUCUUCUCGUUUACCUUUCCUUCGAGAUUGGUUCAGRAAGGGCGAUAACCACAUGRUAUUACACCUCAAUAAYGGCUUGCUUCAGAUUAACUUCAAAGACCACACAAAAAUCUUCCUGUGUCCGUUAAUGAAAGCUGUGACCUAUAUUGACUUGGAGAAGAGAAUGCGAACAUUCCCUUUUAAGAAUCUUGAGAAAUAUGGCUGCAUUACUGAUCUCUACGAAAGACUGAGCUUUGCUAAAACUGUUGUUGAAAAAGACUUGCUACCAAAGCUACAAGAUGGAGCCAAGGAACCUGUCAGCCGGGAAACUGUGGGAGCACGAAAAUAAGCAAAGCCAUUUAAUUCUUAUAAUAUAAGAUUAUAUUUGACAGGAUUAUUUAAGACWUUGAUUUAUAGCAGAUAUAAUUGAUUUGUCUUAUUGAAGAUAUUGAAUUAUUUUAGACUAAAAUGAUGGAUUAUAGGGAUGGAGAAGGGAGGGGAAGGGCCUGCAACACACAAAAUCAUAUUCCUAAUUUCUAGUAUACACUUGUAAAUGUAUCAUUUGAGCUUUUCAUCGUUGAUGGACAUCAUUUGUCCUUUAGUUGUUAAUAUAUAUUCAGUUCUGUUACUYKUUUUGAACAAAACCAAUGCACCUUUUGAAAAUAUAGUGCGCUUUGAAAGUUUUAGACUUUAUGAGAAAUAAUACACGUGYUACUUCUUUGCCCAUCGAUGGAGUAAGCAAGAGUGAUAGAAAACGUGGAGAGAAAUGGCGCGAAUUUUCUCCAMUGCGGYGUUAUCRAAAUCUAUCAUGUAUUUGAUAUUUUUAUGCUUAUUGUUUUCUUUAUAAACGCACARCUAAGCUAUAAAAUAGUGUACAUAACCUUUACAGUGUUUCAUAAGUAUACAAUUCUGUAAAGCUAGGCAUAUUGUACAUUUGAAUGAUAGAAUCAAAUAGCUAGUAAUGUAAAUAUAUUAUGAAUGCAUGUGAAAAUUCUUGAAUUAUUAUUAUUAUUAUACCAAGACAAUGCUAUUAAAUUACAUUCUCGU